AUGAAGUCGAACAAGAAACCAGACUCUUACAAGGUUACACCUGAGUAUGUGGAAUUCCUUGAAGAUUCACAUAUAACCCUGGUUAGGACCAUUCAUAGAUUGUAUGACAUGGUGCGGAAAGGACAGAGAAUCCCUCGGGAUGAUGAAAACGCAGCAGGUUGUGGCGGUGCGACCAUUCACGAACUUGUCGCAAGCCUACAGUCCUGUGGUGCAUACUCACCAUCUAGUUCUCCAUAUUCAACGAUGAACGACACUGAUACGGAUGCUGAGGCAGUGGAUGAGGGCUCAGAGGCGGCCUUGAUUCCGUCAAUGGGGCCGAAAUGGAACUCGUUCCAAUCUCCCUCGAUGAUAUACGAACAGGCCAAGUUUGAUAGAUGUCCUCAAGUAUCGCAAGAACCAUCGCCUCCAUGGGGCUUGAUGAGCGGUUGGAUACCCUUCACGGGCUGUUGCAACGUUGAAAGUGAGAAGCAACUGCCAUUAGGCAUGAGUACCAGUUCGAGCGAGGAUGUCAUCGUCCCUGAAGCAGAUUUGGCACCAAGGACCUUGUCGAUUGCAGACGCGGAACAGUUCGAAAUGUUUCCAAUCGGCCAAACACCACAAUACCAGAGUAAUAAACAGGUUGAAAGCGGUUGUAGUAGCUGGGAUUUGGAUUUGUCUUCGAUCGGGGUUGGCCCUGAAAUCAACUGGUUCAACAGGUGA